CGCCCCGCCCGCCGCAGUACCCGGAUGAAGCAGUUCCGCCGGCGGCGGGCGAUGCUCCGGCUGUGACAGGGGAUGCGCUCCGGUCAUAUUGAACAUGGACAGUGAGGAAAUUCCAAACUUCUCAAGUCCAAAGGAGGAAACUGCCUAUUGGAAAGAGCUUUCUUUGAAGUACAAACAAAGCUUCCAGGAAGCUCGUGAAGAGCUGGCUGAAUUUCAGGAGGGAAGCAGAGAAUUAGAAGCUGAGUUGGAAGCACAGCUAGUGCAGGCUGAGCAGAGGAAUAGAGAUUUACAAGCAGAUAACCAAAGGCUGAAAUAUGAAGUGGAAACAUUAAAGGAGAAACUGGAGCACCAGUAUGCACAAAGCUACAAGCAAGUGUCAUUGUUAGAGGAUGACCUGAGCCAGACACGGGCCAUUAAAGAUCAGCUUCAUAAGUAUGUCAGGGAGCUGGAGCAGGCCAAUGAUGACUUGGAACGUGCAAAGAGGGCAACAAUAGUUUCAUUGGAAGACUUUGAACAAAGGCUGAACCAGGCGAUUGAGAGAAACGCGUUUUUAGAAAGUGAACUGGAUGACAAGGAGUCACUGCUAGUUUCUGUACAGAGAUUAAAGGAUGAAGCCAGAGACCUGCGGCAGGAGCUGGCAGUACGGGAAAGGCAGCAGGAAGUCACCCGCAAGUCUGCGCCCAGCUCUCCAACUCUAGACUGUGAAAAGAUGGAUUCAGCUGUCCAGGCAUCUCUCUCCUUGCCAGCUACACCUGUAGGAAAAGGAUCUGAAAAUAGUUUUCCUUCCCCAAAAGCUAUACCAAAUGGAUUUGGUACAAGCCCUCUUACUCCUUCAGCUAGAAUAUCUGCACUCAACAUCGUGGGAGAUCUCUUACGGAAAGUGGGGGCCUUAGAAUCCAAGUUAGCUGCUUGCAGAAAUUUUGCAAAGGACCAGGCAUCACGGAAAUCCUACAUUUCAGGGAAUGCUAACAGCAGCAUGAUGAACAGCAACGGCACGAAGUAUCCUCAUCCAGGGCAUACUUCUUUCUUUGACAAAGGGGCAGUAAACGGCUUUGAUCAAGGGACCCCGGGACUGGGAGCCUCCAGACCUUCCUCAGCACCUGGCAUGCUCCCCCUGAGCGUAUGAGUCGGCGCCAGGUUGUGCUUGGACUUGCGGACGCUUUUCUCAGCCCAACAAGAGAAGUGCUUUGGUUUCCUCCCCCUCCCUGCCCUGCAGGAACAGGACCUGCACCAUGGCAUGCAGCAGUGCCCGUGCUGCUAGAGGAGAGCCUGUGCUUGCAGCCUUUCAUGUCCUGUUAAUAGAGUUAACUGUAGUGGGUGUGCUCUGUGGCCCCAUACUACAUGUUGCACAAGCUGACACAUAAUGCUCUGUUCCAGGAGAUGCAGAACCUCAGCCAGGUGCUGCUCGACCUGUCACUGCAUCUCUUUUCUCAGUAGAUUUGGUGUGACAAAAACAUUUGCUGCUUUUCUUGAAGGCUACACGUCUCCCUGCCUGAUCUCACAUCCUGCUGUUUGAGCCAACCAGCUGCUGUCCUUCCUCAUGGGGCUCAAACCUCUCAAGACACACUGAGUGAAGCUGGGAGCAGGAGUGGAGGCUGGCAAUUAGCUCUGGAGGUGUGAGUUAAUGCAGCAUAGAAAUCACUGCUGGACAGGUGAGCAGCUGGCUGUGUCCAUAAGGCCCUUCCCCAGCCCAGCAGAUGGAUGUAGAGCUGUUGCUGGGGUGGGGCUUUGAGGAAGAUUUGUGUAGGCCCAGCACACAUCAUUAAGCACCAGUGCCCAUAGCAGCUCUGGGCUGAGCUUGGCUGGAGCCUCCUCCCUUGGCACGGAGUCUGCAGCAAGCAUCUUUUUCCCAUGUGCCUGAACCAUCCCAGCAUUCUGCCCUCCUUAGUGACACUUCUGCCCCCCAGAGCAGACAUCAGCUCUUUAGGAAGCCGCUCAGCCCAUGGACUGCAGUGCCCACCAACUGCCUCCUCCCAGCACCCUGUGUCCAUCAAUCCCAUGUAAUAUAGGACGGGAUUUCAGUGUCACCUGCAGGCUUCUGUGACAGUUUUGGGCGACUGUGUUCCUUGUGGGUCUUUCAAGCGAUGUAUUUGUGCGAGUUCUCUGUCGCUGUGCCUCAGAGUCAGUGGAUUUUGAUGUGAACCAAUGCACCCCACGGGGGUCUAAGGAAAAAAAAACCUUCCCCAUUUGGUCUAUCGCAUUCCAUUGGCUCUGCAGCUGUACAUUGGUUUAGUUACAAGCGCUGAGAGAAACCAUCGGCCCCAGCAGAACAGAGGUGGGAACGUUUCCCCCUUUGCCGUUAGGGCCCCUAUGGUCCUCCUUUCCUGUGCAUCCUCUGCUGCAUUUGACUGUUUACAUUUGUUUUAUUGUACAUAGGUUUGUAAACAUAUUAUCUUUGCCUAAGAUCUUUGUACAUAACUUAACUUGGGCUUUGUAGCUUUAUUUAUUCAAAGUCUAUAUGGCAUGUUUCAAUAGGACAGUGUACCAUAACACCGUGGUCACUCAGCAUAAUGUGGUUUAAAGACAAAAAAAAAAAACCAAAACCUGAGAAUAAUAUUCCCAAAAUAAAGUUCUUUUAAUGUGGAAGCGGUGGAUUUUGCAGAAGAGCCAGCGGUGGCUGUGUUUGUCCUGCAGUGUUUUUGGCUGAGCCAUAGGGCAGGGUGGGAGGCACUGCUCUGCUGUGCAGCUCCUGCCCCAUAUCCUGGCACAGCACUGCACUGCACAGUGUUGGUGCAUGGAGUCAGCAGGGCUGAGCACACCUCUGCUCCCAGUGCUUUGGGGCAGGAAUCUGCUUGUGGUCCUGGUGGAGGCAUCCAGCUGCAGGCAACAACGGGCAAUGCUGUUCAGGCUGUCAGGACCCCAUGCACCCCCUCCAGUGCCUCCUCCAGCACUGCCCCCAGCAGCAGAGCGCUGUGCUGCUGCUCAGCCUUCCCCAGGUACUCAUAGCCUCCACCUCACCCCAAAGCCCCUGCACCAGCAGCCAUCCCCAGCCCAGUCAUGACUCACGAUCACAGCGCAGCCUUCCUGCUGCUGCCCUGCAGUGGCACCUCAUGGAAAUGCCUCGUUGCCAGCUGGUGUCAGGGCAGAGGCACGCAUGCACCCACGGCAGCUCCUUCCUGGGGGAGAAGUGCUGGGCAGGAGGAGAGGGGACACCAUAUGACAGGGCUGCCUUCAUUGCAGUCAGUUGCCCUGACCCCUUAGAAAGUCCCCUAACAGCAAUAAACUGCUCUUGCACAGAACCCAAGUGGCCACAGUACCACAGGGAGAUGAGAGCGCAGGCUGUGACACCUAGGGCACAGCACCACUUUUGCAGCACUCAGAUCAUAGGGUGGUGAGGCUCUUCCUUUGCAGCAGGAGGAGCAGCAGCCCAAGAGUAGCAGGGCAGGAGCUGGCAGCAAGGCACCAUGUGGACAGAAGCAACAGCCCAGCCCAGUGAGAUGCUCAUAGCCCACACUUGCUUGGGGCCCACCAGUGCAGCUCCCACCUCCACCACUCACAGCUGCCCUGAAAGCACAGCUGCAGCACUGAGCUCCCUGCUGCCAGCACUGCUCCUUGCUGUGGAGGCAACAGGCACAGCUCUCCCUGCUCCCAGGAGAGGGAGCAGACCCUCACAGAUACAGAACUGGAGCUCAGAGGACAGGAAGCAUUUUGGGGCAUUGAGACCCCUUUGUGAUCCAGAGCUGCACUCCUGUUGAAGUUCUAAGGCUCAGCCCUCACCCACCACUUCACAGUGUACUGAGGUAGAAAAGAGCAAAACAGAAAACCAAAACACUAAGAAGGGAGCAGUCAGCUUCCAGCCAUAUUCUCAUUUAUUAAGGUCUAUGCCAGCCUCAAGAAAUAGCUCUUCCUGUAAGUAAACAGAGCAGGCGGCCACAGCUAUAAUGAAUAAAUUUAUUGUCUUACAAAAAUCAUUGUCUAGAAAUAUGGGUAUACAAGAAAACAAGAUAUUUGCAGUCAGAUGCCUGGUGGUCAACAGCCAGUUUGAUUAAAAAUAUCCAAACACACACAACAAAACCUUUGCGACAGAUGUUAAAGCUUUUAACCAAAAAAAGGAAAUCCGUAUCUUUUUGUUUGAGCAUGUGGCAGAGGAAGGUUCCUAUUAACACUGAUUCAUUGUCACUAAUAUCCAUAAUACCACUUGGACUAGAGAGGUACAUGAUAUGAAGCACAGUCAAAAUUAAUACAUUAAAUCAUCGUUAUAUAGGCAAAUUAUAUAUGUAACAUUGUCUUAGUACUGUAGUGUCUAAGGCACUUUCUGUAAUGUCAGUUUUUCAGCUAUUUAAACAAAAAGAACGCUAACUACUCGCUGUAAUACUGCUCAAAAUAAAAAACAACAGCAACAACAACGAAAAAAGGAUUCACAUCCACUGGCAUGUUAACUGCAGGCAGGCAACAUCCCUCUGCGCAGCGCUGCGAGCACGGCCAUGGCACCGUCCUGAAGAGCGCUCAGCCUGAAGUUCAUAAAUUACUGUGCCUGUGUUGUAUGCUUGUUUUCCACUGGUGUUCACAUUGUACUAGCCUUAAUAUAUAUAUACAGACCUGUUGGGCAUGGGAAGAGCAGGAUGCUACAGCUGCAAAGUACUGUACAGAGAGGAACGGUGACGCUGUUUGCCUGUACUGCAUGACACUAAUGGAUGAAGCAGGUGCUGAGAACACUCCAAAAUGGUACUGAGGGUUAAAAAAUGGACACUACUCACUCAUCCCUACGUUUCCCUCUAACGCUUCCCGAGGUUCUUCACAGUUCACUCACUGAUUGUGUGCCGAUCACAACAAUUAGGAGAAAAGAAAGAUGCGGGUGCAGUUUGGUCUUCAACGAUCCAACGGGCUCAGUGCAGCCAGGGGCUGCCCAAGCACAGAAGAAAUGGAAGGAUGUUGUCUGUACAAAGCAUGCUGAGUCAUGACAAUGGGGCUGUCCCAACCACCUACCCUCUGGGAAUGAAGUUUUGUGUUUGUUUUUUUUUUUAACCAA